UUAAUUAAAAUGGACGCAGUGCCGCAGCAAACAAACAACAACAGCAGCCUCUUCGACGGAGAAAAAUGCCAGAAACUAAAGAGAUUCGUGAUUGUUGGCCUGCUGAUCACGAUUGGCAUCUUGAGUUGGCACUUUUACGAGUACUUCCACAGCAAACCGCUUCCCAAGGCGCCCGACGAUGUUCUGACCCUGUCCAAGAGUCUCUACGCGGAGGAGGUGGAGGUCAGUCCAUACCUCUACAAGGUGAACCUUCAAGGAAAGACCACAUCUGGUGCCCACGAUGAUCGUGCAUCCAAGAACCUCUUUGAACUUCAUCAGGAUUUGUUGGUUAGGGAUGCUAACUCCACCACCGCCCUGCUGAUGCGCCUCUUCGAUAACUAUGAGUUGGAUGUGGCCGUGGCUGAAAAAUCCACUCCUGAACAGGUGCAGGAGCAGCACGAUUUUCUGAGAGCUGUGAUGAACACCCGGGUGAUGAAGCUAACUAUGAGAUUUUUGGUGAACAAGGAUAUCGUAAGCUCGGAUUACGACGACCAGCUGCGUAUGCUGCAGGAGCUCUGGUUCACUCCCUACUCCCGGGGUCGUGGCAUAGUGGGCAGUUCCAGUUUCGAGCAUGUGUUCAUGGCCGAGAUCCGGGACCAGAAGGUUCUGGGCCUGCACAAUUGGCUUUACUUUGCUGAUCAGGAACAGCGUGGCAAUGUGGACUACAAGGGCUGGGUGAAACAUCAGGAAAUGGGAAAGCCCAAACAAAUGCUUCUAAGUAUCCGGCAUACGUUCUACAACAUCCAAAAGCCCUACAACGGAUUCUUUGUGGGCACCUCACCCGAACUGGAGAUGAGCCUUUACACAGCCUGCUUCCUUACCACACCGGAGAAGGAGCCUUGCCACAUCCAACUGGGUCACGUGAAAGCCUCCAUUUACUCGUUCGCCUGGGACUGGAAGGGCAAGGGCCUCAUAGCCACCGCAUAUCCUGAUGGAUCCUAAAACCCAUCCUAUGCAAACACUCAAUAAACUUAAGUUACAUUCGUGUGGCACUACUACCUCAUCAUAAACGGCAAACCUCCAAAGUCAAAGUCAAGUUCAUUUUAUUGUGGCACUUUAUGAGUGCUAGGCUGGUUGUCGCUGGCAAUUGACGAGCUUGUCAGUCUGGACAUUUUGCUCCUGUCUGGCCAUCACUUUAGUUGUUUUGACAGCUUCGCGUGGUCCUGUCCCCUAGGCAUUAGGUCACGAAGUUGUUUAUUAGUUCUAAUGUUAAUAGUUAUUACUUGUGAAAGUCAAGAUAGUGAUAAAGUCAAAGUCAAUCCUUGAAGGAGUGCAACAUUGGACAUAGGAAUAAAUUUGGCCAAAAAAUUA